UUGAACCAAUGAGAGGCAGACAUCUGUUCACUCGAGCAACUCCGAAAUUGCUUUCCCUUCCUUGUCAUUCAAUGAAAUCACAAGACAUUACCUGGAAGAGUCUCUUUUGAGGACAACGUUUAAGCUUUAGGCGGUCAAAAUGCAGGUCUUGGGAUCAUUCGCGAUAAUUCUGUCCAUAUUUUCUGUUCAUUCUACCGUUUAUUUCCAAGAACAAUUCCUUGAUGGAGAUGCCUGGAAGACUCGCUGGCUGGACUCUAAGCACAAGGCAGACUACGGAGAGUGGAAACUGACAGCUGGUAACUUCUAUGGAGAUGCUGAGAAGGACAAAGGUCUACAGACGAGCCAGGACGCCCGUUUCUAUGCCGCAUCGGCCCGCUUCGAACCCUUCAGCAACGAGGGGAAGACUCUGGUGAUUCAGUUCACUGUGAAACACGAGCAGAAAAUUGACUGUGGUGGCGGUUAUGUCAAGGUGUUCCCCUCCACCCUUGACCAGGCUGAGAUGCACGGAGACUCCCAGUACUACAUCAUGUUCGGCCCUGACAUCUGUGGCUACAGCACCAAGAAGGUCCACGUUAUCUUCAACUACAAGGGCAAGAAUCACCUCAUCAAGAAGGAAGUCAAGUGCAAGGAUGAUGAGCUGACCCACCUGUACACGCUGAUCCUGAACCCAAACCAGACCUACGAGGUGAAGAUCGAUAAUGAGAAGGUUGAGUCAGGCACUCUGGAGGAGGACUGGGACUUCCUGCCGGCUAAGACCAUCAAGGACCCCGAGGCCAAGAAGCCCGAGGACUGGGACGACCGCCCCAAGAUGGACGAUGCUGAAGACACCAAGCCAGAGGACUGGGAUGUGGCUGAGAACAUCCCUGACCCUGAUGCCAAGAAGCCUGACGACUGGGACGUGGACAUGGAUGGAGAGUGGGAGCCGCCUGUGAUCACCAACCCAGAGUACAAGGGAGAGUGGAAGCCCAAGCAGAUUGACAACCCUAACUACAAAGGAGCCUGGGUCCAUCCUGAGAUCGAUAACCCAGAGUACGCCGCUGACUCUAACAUCUACAAGUUUGAUGACAUCAGUGUCCUGGGCCUGGAUCUGUGGCAGGUGAAAUCUGGCACAAUCUUUGACAACUUCCUGGUCUCAGAUGAUGUGAAGGAAGCAGAGGAGUUUGGAGCUGAGACAUGGGGUGUUACUAAGGAGCCAGAGAAGAAAAUGAAACAGGAGGAAGAUGACAAGAAACGUAAAGAGGAAGAUGAGAAAAACAAAGAACAAGCCACUGAGGCAGAAGAGGAAGGUGAGGACGAGGAAGGUGAGGACGAAGAGGAGGAGGAGGAGGAGGAGACUCCAGAGGAAGGAACUGAGGAAGAAGAGGUUCCAGAGAAAGAUGAGCUAUAGGCUGGCUUGGACACGAGUGUCUGUGAAUCCCAAUUCAACCCCUAGCCACUACAUCCUAGUCUCUGGUGUAGAUCUGAGAGAUUCAAGAAGGAUGUCCACAAUUUGACUACAAUUCCAACAGAGGGCAAGAUUGAUCUGCCAAUUAUGCAAUCCUCUGAGAUCUACACAAGUACCUAUGAGCUAGGGGUUGAUUUGUGAUUUAGGGUGUGUGUCCCGCUCUGGCUCUACUAACCAGGGAGUUAACAUGGCUGCUAUGCAUCCAUCCCCUGAGAAGCCAAUGGGUCCAUUGAGAGUUAAAAGCUUUACUGAAGUGUAUCCCAAAUGACACCCUACCUCUGAUAUAGUGCAGUUUUGACCAGGACCCCUGGGUAAAAGUAUUGCUAUAUAUAAUAUAUUAUAGGUGAUCGGGUGCCAUUUGGGAUACAGAUUGGGUGGUAUUGGACUUAGUGAUUCACACGUCAGCUUGUAUGUUUUAUAGUUGAUUUUUGUUUCCCUUAUCCAGAUAUGACAUUCAUAGGUCCUCCCAAUCCAGUACGUCAUGCUUAAUUGUGUAGUGUGUUCAGUGUCUUUAUAUCCAACAGCAGUUAAUUUACUUUUGUACCAUGUAACAUAUUUCCAUUGGCUCUGCCAUUUUCUUUUCCGACUCAACUUAACACACCAAGAUGUUCUCUGCUCUGACGUGAUUCACAAAGUCACUGGUUGUCAUCGUUUGGAAAUAAAUUGGUUCUUGUACCACUGAAUGUUUUGUAAAGUGCAACAUGUUUCUCAACGUGCCUUCUCAUCCGACCUGGCACUUUGUCAUUCACAUCAGCUCAUUGUUAUUCUACUGUGUUCUCAUUACAUCAAUUUGUUUCGCGCUGAAUUUUCCUCACUUGUUUGUUUGUCUUUACUGUUUGUUUCCAUACGUGUUCAAUGAGAUUACAUGCUUGGCCAAUUAAAACAGUUGUUGGGUUCUCUGCGUUUUGAUGAAUAUUGUGACAGAUUAGUCAUUUAUAAAUUGUCCCUCCUGUUCAAUGCUGUGACUGUCAAAUACAGUUGGUUUCUGCUUUGAA